GCAUAAGCAAGUCUCUAUUCCAAGAAGACUUUGUCAACCCGUCGCAGCUCUGGGAUUUUCUUUUUCCUGUUAAGAGAAUUGGACAGGCUGAUGUGAUUCAGAGAGUGCUGAGACACAGGGACUUCUCUGAACACAUCUGUGAGAGAUUUGGAGUGUAUGCCUUGACGAGUUGAUCCUGGAGUUCAUGGUGGGCUCUCCUCCUCACGUCUUGCCUCUGGUUACAUUUUCCUGGACAAGAUGUACGAACGCCACAAGAGGCGAUACAGCCUGUGUGACAUUUCCAAGGUGGACAGGACUGUAGAUGUUGUGUUGUUAAAGAUAAACCGUGAAAGUUGGUGUUCGUUAGAGCCAUGUCCUGAUUCUUCACUGCUGGAGCCCAGGCGGACCCGGGAGUCUCCAGAAUGUGAAAGCUUCCUGGAGGAUGGGCUGAGCAGCGUCUGUGCCUCGUCACGGGGAGUCCUUAAAAGAGAGUCCGGGAGCGAGUCUGAGCUCUUCCCCUUGCCUGGUGAUGGGAUGGAAGACAUUGUCUUUGGAAAGCAGCCUGAAGAGGAGCAGUCAGCAUGUGAUGUCACCAGCUCCAGUUCCUCUGCCGAUGACACCAUGUCCUUGGAAAGAAACUCGUCCCUGGGCAGCGACACUUCCCUUCCCUUCCCACCAACGCUGAAUUUCAUCAGGCCCAAGGACAGGUACAGUUUGGAUGGAAGCUGCAUUAACAUGGUGGCCGCAGAGGGAAGAGAGGGUGAACCCACUGGCUCAGGAGAGAUGGAAGAAGAACUGGAUAGUAUAACAGAUGUGCCUACGCAUUCCUCCGUCUUAAGAAGCUCCAUGCGACCACUGUCACCUUUCCGUCGGCAUAGUUGGGGGCCAGGGAAGAAUGCCACCAAUGAAGCAGAAAUAAAUCAGAGGAGUUCAAUGCGAGUUCUGGGGGAUGGUAUAAAGAAGCCUCCCAUUCAUAGGAGAAGUUUGAGCUGGUGUCCCUCUGGCGUACAGUUCAUUGCCAUGGGUCCUGACUUUAAUUGUAGAAGUUACAGCCUAGAAGGCCUCGCUGGAGACCCUAGUGAGAACAAGAAGCCCUCAGCAAGCCUGGAGGCUGCUUCUCUGAGCUCCAAGGACCUCCGACGAAGUCCGCUCGCCAGCGAUGAGUGUGGGUCCCUGGUCUCGCUCACUGAGGAACUGGAGCAGGGGGAAAUCAGAGAUUACGAUCACCAGAUGCAUCAAGGAGCACAGCCACAAGGAUUUCAUUUCUGUGCUGCUGCCGUUUCUUCUCCACUGACCAAAUCUAUGUCUCUAAUGGCAAUUAGUAAACCAGUGCUGGACACCCCGGGACGGACUCGACCAUCCAGACGAAUCUCCUUCUCCUUCAGCAUCUCUCCGCUCAUUCCUAAGUCUAAAACUCUCUUUUCUAUUGGCUCUUCUUCCAGUGAUGAGGAGGAGGAGUUGGAUACUACCCGAUCUUUCGGCGGCCCCAGCAGCUCCUCAGUUCACAGCAUAUCUGAAGAGAACACCAGUGUCCCCUCUGGCAAAGGAACAAAAGUCAGUCGCACCUUCAGCUACCUCAGGAAUAAAAUGUCCAGCAGCAAGAAGAGCAAACAGGAAAAAGAGAAAGAGAAAGAGAAGAUUAAAGAGAAAGACAAGGAGUCCAAGGAGAAGGAAAAAGACAAAAAGCUGCUGAAUGGACAUCACUUCACUGCAACCUCUGUUGCAGCCCAAGCAACCUGUUACCACUGUAUGAAACCUUUCAAUAAGGAUUCGUACCACUGUUCAAGCUGCAAUGCAAUUGUUCACAAAGGCUGUAAGGAGAGUUUUGCCUCUUGUGCAAAGGUCAAAAUGAAGUCACAGAAAGGAAUGCUGCAGGCACAUGAUACCUCUUCAUUACCCACAGUAACCAUGAGAAACAAAAACUCACAACCUAAGGAGCGCCCACGCUCUGCAAUACUUGCUCCUGAUGAAAACACCGUAACCUCGAUAUUCAAUAACAGGAGAUCACAACAGACUACAGCACUUUCAAAGAGCGUCUCCAUACAGAACAUUGCAGGAGUUGGCAAUGAUGACAGCUUAAUACAUAGCUGGAAAUUCCUGUCGCAGUCUACAGACUCUUUACAUAAAAUCAGCCGGGUGAAUGAAUCCAUGGAGUCACUAAUUGAUGAGGGUGCAGACAUGAAUGAAGGACAGCUGAUGGGAGACUUUGAACUAGAUUCAAAGCAGCUGGAGGCAGAAUCCUGGAGCCAAGUAGUGGACAGCAAGUUUCUACGACAGCAGAAGAAAGAUACUGUCAAACGACAAGAUGUCAUUUAUGAACUAAUGCAGACAGAAAUGCAUCAUGUCCGCACCCUGAAGAUCAUGAGUGAUGUAUACAGUGCGGGGAUGACAAAGGAGCUGCAGUAUGAUCAACAAGUAGUGGAUAAGAUCUUCCCCUGCCUGGAAAAAUUGCUGUCCAUCCACAAUCAAUUUUUCAUGCGGAUUCUGGAAAGGAAGAAGGAGUCUUUGGCAGACAAAAGUGAGAAGAACUUUGUUAUCAAGAGGAUAGGUGACAUCCUGGUGAACCAGUUCUCUGGUGAAAAUGCUGAGAGAAUGAAGAAAACAUACGGCAAGUUCUGCGGGCAUCACAAUGAGGCUGUAAAUAACUUCAAAGAUCUGUACUCAAAGGACAAGCGGUUUCAGGCGUUUGUGAAGAAAAAAAUGAGCAGCUCAGUGGUGAGACGUCUUGGGAUUCCUGAGUGUAUCUUGCUGGUAACACAGAGAAUCACAAAGUACCCGGUCUUGUUACAAAGGAUACUGCAGUACACCAAAGAAAAUGAAGUGGAACAUCAAGACUUGACUCAGUCAUUAAACCUCGUUAAAGAUGUGAUUGCUGCAGUCAAUAGCAAAGUCAGCAAUUAUGAAAAGAAAAUGCGUCUUGAUGAGAUUUACAACCGGACAGAUAGCAAGUCCAUCAUGAGGAUGAAGAGUGGCCAGAUGUUUGCAAAAGAGGAUUUGCGGCAUCGAAAGCUGAUCCGAGAUGGGCCUGUUUCACUGAAAAAUGCAGCUGGCCGGUUGAAAGAAGUCCAGGCUGUUCUCCUCUCUGACAUGCUCGUAUUCCUUCAGGAGAAGGACCAGAAGUAUGUCUUUGCCUCACUGGACCAGAAAUCCACUGUGAUCUCCCUGAAGAAGCUGAUUGUACGAGAAGUGGCUCAUGAAGAGAAGGGUUUGUUCCUGAUCAGCGUGGGUGCCAAAGAUCCUGAGAUGGUAGAAGUCCAUGCCAGCUCCAAAGAAGAGCGUAGCAGCUGGAUACAGAUCAUUCAAGACACAAUAAACACCAUGGAUAAGGAUGAAGAUGAAGGAGUCCCUAGUGAGUCUGAAUUGGAAAAGAGAGUGUCAGACACAAAAGUGAGAGAAUUGAAAGAGCAACUUCAGCAGAAGGAUAAGCAGAUCCUCAUCUUGCUGGAGGAAAAGGAGAAGAUUUUCAGGGACAUGGCAGACUGCUCUGUGCAAGACGACCUGCCAGGCUCCAGAGUGCUGUUCAGAGCCAAUACAGAGGAGGCACCAAAAGGAGAAGCCCUUAUGAAAAGUGCAAUAAAUGAAGUUGAACUGCUGCAAGGCCUGGUGAGCAGGAGCCUAGGCAGUGCCCUUGGGCAGCAGGUCAACAGUGUCGCCAUUGAACAAGAAGGAGGAGUUGGCCCCAUAUCUCUCCCUAGACGGGCAGAAACUUUUGGAGGAUUUGACAGUCAUCAGAUGAACGCCUCCAAGGGUGGAGAGAGGGACGAAGGCGACGAUGCUCAGGACCUUCGGAGAACAGAAUCAGACAGCAUUUUAAAGAAGGGUGGAAAUGCUAAUCUUAUGUUCAUGUUGAAAAGGAAUAAUGAGCAGGUUCUCCAAAGCAUUACCAACCUCCAUAAGCUGCUCAGUGCUUUGCAGGCUGUGGUGCUGCAGCAGGACACCUUCAUCGAGGACCAGAAGCUGGCUCUGAGCGAGAGAGCGCUGACGCGGAGCCUCUCCCGGCCGAACUCCUUGAUAGAGCAGGAGAAGCAGCGCAAUCUGGAGAAGCAGCGCCAGGAGCUAGCCAACCUGCAGAAGCAGCAGGCGCAGCACCAGGAGGAGAAGCGGAGGCGAGAGAAGGAGUGGGAAGCCCGAGAGAAAGAGCUGACGGAGCAGGAGGCCCACCUGGCCCAGCGAGAGGAGCAAGUCCAGAGAGGGCGUCAGGAUCUCGAACGGGAGCGGGACGAGCUGCAGGUGAAGAAAGCUUCCUACCAGCUCGACUUGGAGAGGCUUCGUACAGCACAAAAACAGCUGGAGAGGGAAAAGGAGCAGCUCAAGAGAGACAUGGAGCGAUUACCUCAAACGCGGUUAGAGCCUGACCACAACCAGGUUUCAAAUCUACAUGACAAACUUGCAAGAAUCCCCUCCCUGCCCAACACCGACGAUUCCUCCAAGCAGAAAAGCCCUUCCCUUCCCAAACAGGGGCACUUUGAUGCAGAACUGUCUGUCUCCCCCAAAAGGAAUAGUCUUUCAAGGACACACAAAGAGAAAAGCACUUUCCAUUUGCUCAGCACAACAAACCAGACUAACAAGGCUGCUGAAGGACAGCCCCAGAUGCCCACCCGCCUCUUCAGUUUAGCCAAACCAAAGGAGAAAAAAGAAAAGAAGAAAAAGGGCAAAGGACAUCGCUCCCAACCAUCUGCUUGCUUUGCUCUGAGGCGGAUAGUUCCCUGCGUCAGCGCAUCUGCUGUCAAAGAUUCUCACUCGUCAGAAGCCCCGCCAGAGGGUGAGGAGAUUUUUUGCUGAGCACCAGUGCCAGAUCUGCAGGAGUACACCUCACCCCCGCUGCGCUGCGGCCAGACCCCCCUGGGGCCGAAGCCCACGGCUGUUCCUCUGCCCAGCGGUCUCGCUCAGCUUUGGUACAGUGGACAUCUUCCUGCCCACUCCGCAGCGUGCUUCUGGUGCCUACAUCCGACAAGCUACCCAGGGGGUUUAAAUAAAACAUGUUGUAAAGGUCUGUAAGUUGUGGGAAAAGGCCUCUCUCUCUCCUUUGGUUUUGCAUGAAUUCUCACUGCGGAGGCUGACUGCACUGCAACUAGUGCCACCUUUCUGUGCAAACCUUGAUUUAAAUCGGUUGGGAUGAGAGAACAUAGCCUUAAGGGGUCUGUGCCUUCAAAUUCCCCUUUUCUGGGGAACAUAACCAAAACCAAGCAUUUAGCAAAAGAUUAGGAUUCUACGAAUGGUGCACACUGGCAUAUAUAGAUAUACUGUAUAUAUACAUAUAUCUAUAUAUAUAUACAUAUAUGUAUCUAUGUAUCCCCUGGGAUAUGCUUACAGUCUGUCCAGCCAAGCCUAGCUCGGCCAGUGGGGAUAGAUGAUACCUGAUGACUUUCAGGGAGCACGUAGAUAUUAAAUAUCUUGCCCUUACUACUCAGAUUGUAACUCCA